AUGGCAACAGCAACAGCAGCAGGUAAAGCACGAUGUGUUACAUGUGGAAAAGAGAAAAGCACAGUUCGAUGUGAUGGAUGUUCUCAACCAUUUUGCAUGAAUCAUUUUGGACAUCAUCGACAAGAAUUAGACAAACAAUUAGGUGAAAUUGAAGUCAGUCGAGAUCUUUUCCGACAAACUCUUACAGAACAAUCAGCUAAACCAGAAAAUCAAACAUUAAUAAUACAAAUCAAUCAGUGGGAACAAGAUUCAAUUGCUAAAGUUCGUCAGACAGCAAAUGAGGCUAGACAAACAAUACUGCAACAUACUACUAAAUAUCUGACUGAAAUCGAAAUCAAAUUAAACACAUUGACAAAAGAACUACGAGAAAGUCGUGAAGAAAAUGAUUUUAUUGAAGCAGAUCUUCAACGAUGGAAAACACAAUUAACAGAAAUGACCAACGAAUUAGAUAAACCUUCAACCAUUACGAUCCAACAUAGUUCGAUACCAUUAAUCACUACAAUUCGUAUUAAUGUAUCAGUCUCAUCACAUUUACCAAAUCUUGGUAUUGAUGCAAAAUGGAUACAAAAUGGUAUCACAGUAGCUGGUGGCAAUGGACAAGGCAACGCAACUAAUCAAUUAUGUAAUCCGUAUAGCAUGUACAUCGAUGAAGAUGAAACUAUAUACAUUGCUGACUUUAAUAAUCAUCGUAUUGUAGAAUGGAAACGUGGUGCAUCAAAUGGUCAAAUAGUUGCUGGGGGAAAUGGAUCUGGAAACCAAAAUAAUCAACUGAAUAAUCCAACAAGUGUUAUAGCUGACAAAGUAAAUGAUUGUUUUAUUAUCUCGGAUUAUGGUAAUAAAAGAGUGAUACGGUGGCCACGUCAGAAUGGCACAAAUGGACAAACAAUCAUCUCGAACAUUAAUUGUCUUGGAUUAACAAUGGACAAUGAAGGACAUCUUUAUGUUUGUGACAACGAUAAACAUGAAGUGAGACGAUGGAAAGUGGGAGAUAAAAAUGGGAUAGUAGUAGCAGGUGGAAAUGGACAAGGAAAUCGACUUGAUCAGCUGAACACACCUUGGAGCAUUUUUGUUGAUGAAGAGAACUCAUUGUAUAUAUCAGAUUUUGGAAAUCAUCGCGUGGUGAAAUGGAUGAAAGAUGCAAAGGAAGGCAUUGUAGUCGCUGUUGAUCAAGGCCUAGGAAAUGGACUGACACAACUGUUGAGUUCACGAGGUGUGACAGUCGAUCAAAUAGGCAAUGUUUAUGUGGCAGAUCAAGGUAAUUGUCGAGUAAUGCGUUGGUCUAAACACGCUAUAGAAGGUAGUAUCAUUGUUGGCGACAUUAAACUAGGAGCAGGAGCAAAUCAACUUAAUAAUCCUUUGGAUUUGUCAUUUGAUCAACAAGGAAACCUUUAUGUCGUGGAUCACGGCAAUCAUCGAGUACAAAAAUUCAAUAUUGAUUCAAGUCGAAAAUGA